GAUCUCAUUUUCACUCUUGACAAUAUGACAGUUUUGUUUGUCUGAAUUGGUCCGAAAAAUGCCUGUUUAGUAGACUGGCUUGACUAAUAUAAACUAUUUGCUGAUAUUGUAUAUAAGCUAACACAAUGGCCGACGAAGAAAUUAACGGUGAUACCGACGAUAUUCAACAUGAUAAAGAUAAAACUCAAAAAAAGACUGCAAAACACGACAGCGGGGUAGCAGACUUAGAAAAAGUAACAGAUUAUGCUGAAGAGAAGGAGAUUUCUUCUCAGGACAUAUCUGGGGCUCUGUCAUUAAUUGGUGAUAGAAGAAACAAAGAAGCUGCUGAACGUCUUGAAAAGGAGAAAGAACUCCAAAAGGUUUCUGUUAAAAAGGAUGACAUAGAGUUAAUAGUAAAGGAGAUGGAGAUUUCAAGAACGUUAGCCGAGAGGACGUUAAGAGAACACCGAGGCGACGUGGUGGCCGCGCUGACAACACUCACGAACUAGUGUGAUUAUAUAACAACAAUAUAUAUAAGCAAUGUUCACAAAAAAACUGUGUUAACAUUAUUUGAAUAGAUUUUUCUAUCCAAAGAUACGUAGCGUAUGUUUUUAUAAAGUCUAGACUAUGGGCCGGCUCAAAGCCAAACAGCGCUAAAAAUUCUUUAUGACAUUCGAAAACAGUCUUUCAAACUUUCUUUAUAAAUUGUAUAAUUGUUUUAAAUAAGAAUUGCAACGAGAACGCGCUUUUUAGUUUUAAUAAUUGAGUUAAAUGUUUAUUAACUUUAUGAGGAUUGCUUUAGAGUCUGUUUUCGAGUGUUGUAUAGAACCGCGCUGCGCUUUGUCGUCUUUGCGUUGGCCCUAUGAAACAUUUUUUUAACAGUGUACACAUGAGGCUUUGGUGACCGGGUUUUAAGGAAUAGUAAUAUCACUAUUGUGGUUAUUACUGCGAUCUGAUUGGUCCAUGUGCUGGUAACAAUUUGAAUUUGAAAUUGGAAAUACAUGCUAUUUUAGAAAA